AUGAAGGCUUGUUUGGUGUUACUUAAAAUCCAACAGUGCUACAAUAUAAACUUAGUGUUUAAUCCAAAUAAAUAUGAAUAAGAAAAAUAUGUAAUCCCAUAAAUAAGAUUAAUAAUAGUGAGUUUUGGAUGUACUAAGGUUGAUUUGUACCCACCGCCCUGCGCCUCUUGCACCUCUUGUUCAGUCUCUAGUCACUGCCUCCAGACAUUAUUAUUGUGGCUUUCAAACCGUCCACAGAGCGCUCCUCCUGCCCCCCCAGCUAAAAAAAACAAGAACGUCUUGCAACAGCGUCUGUUUGUCACCCUGGAGUCUAAAUAUUACGCGUUUUGACCGACGCCCGACGCGCAACGGAUCUUGCACAAGUGUGGUUGUUACAGUAUCAUAUAGGACAGUGAGUAUUCAUCACACACACACACACAGAGAGACCUCAGUGUGAAAUUUGAUCUGUUUGACAGCUGCUGCGGCAAAUGCACAAUGAAGGACAGUCGCGCGUCCGGCUGGAGCUCCGGCUGUGCGUUGGCGCUGAUGAGAGGCGGCACAUGCGCCUGUUUAUGAACCGUUUCUGAGCAGAUAACGAAGGCUUUGUCGUUUCAAACGGACACUGGGCUUUUCUUAUUUCCAUUUUUCUUCAGUUCCCAGCACAGGGAGGACAGGGCUUCCCUUGUGCUGCUGUUGCCUCCAGGCUUGGUGUCGCAAAGAGGGGAUGCGGGGUCUUUAAACCUGCUGGAGAAUCAGGUCUGAACACGCAAGGGAGGCAAACGCCCAACCUAUUUGUGACUGUGCUGGUGUAACAUACGAUGUAAACAUCAUACACACCAGGCUAUGCUUUGAAGGGAGCAGGGCUGUCUUUGCUGGCUUUGCUGGCAGCUGCCAACAUAAUUUGCAUGGGGGUUUAUUUUGGGGAAAACAGCUCCAACCGCCGGCGCAGACAUUGCUCCAUCUGAGGAUCCAUGGGAUUUGUCUGCAGGGUUUUAACAUAAUGAUGUUUUUGUGCUACAGGACUGAAUUUAUGCGUAUUCAAGCCUGGGUAAAGGAUCAGGCGGUGGCUCAACGCAGGACUACUUUUGCGCACUGAAUGGAUGCGUUUACAGCAGCUUUUUGACAGCUAUUCGUCCUAGAAGCGGUUAUUUUAGUUUAUGAGCUGUGCUACAGUGCUGUCUGCGUUAGCAUACAUAUAUUUAAGUAUAUAAUAUGUUUAAAUACGUUAAAGAAAUAGCUUAACUGUCUGCUGUGCCAGAUGCGCCAUUAGGGACACUUUUCUUGUCGCACUUUGCUCUCAAACAGACUUUAAAUUCAACUUUCUUUGAGUGUAGCUUCAAAUUUUUGGACCAAAUUUAGUCAAAUACAAAUAAAUUAUUAUUAUAAUUACCUCUAAAGCUGGAUAAACUUGUAUUACUUUCUCCUGUAGCCUUUGGUGAGCUCACAGUGCCUUUGGAUACACCUGUGCACUUUUGGAGAGGUUUUGGAUCCAGAGCUCCUUUUUUUUCGCGUCGUUGGAUUUUACGCACUUUCAAAUAUUUUUCUUCCAGUUUCUUUAGUCCAGUCCACAAGAAAAGGGUCUCUUUGACUCAUAAAUACAACCAAUGAUCUAUUUGUAGCCUCCCAAAGAUGCUCAAGGGCUUGCCAAACGCACAAAAGGCAGCAAAAAGCGCCUGAGAGUUCAGCUGCGCACUUACUGACAAUUGCGCUUCAGUAUCAACUGUAUGACUAGUGGAUGGGUCAUAAUAAGUUGAAACCAAAGGGGUAGGACAUGGUGUAUUUGAGGAGUGGGCUUUACUGUUUAAGGCCACUAAUAUGCGAUUUUUUAAUGGCAAUUUGGUGGAUAUGUAUAAUUGGGGCCAAAAUGGCUAUUUCUGUGUUUUUGGGGCUCUCUGGGCUCUUUAGAAAUGGUUUGGACCAAUUUGAACACCCCUACAUAUUGAACAUACAUGGAAGUGUCCUUUUUUGCAGGGAUUGCUGGGAAGAAGAAGGAGGCUGUCGAGGUUGGGACUUGGGCGAGGGAGGUAUAGGCACAGCCAGUCUCAGAAAAGGAAUCAUCUGUUUCUGACUUUUAACAACCCAGGAGGAGGUUUCUGUUCCUGUUCCUGUUCCUGCGAGAGCUCGAAGAGGAGAGAGUCGAUACGUUCACAUCUUCACACAGCGAGCUCAACACCUGCACCGCCUGGAAAUGAUGAUGGACGAGGAGAUCAUUGAGGACCGGGCCAAGCUGAAGCAGGGCCUGGUCAAAGUGCUCGAGUGCGUGGCCACCAUCUCCUCAGCAGCAGCUGUGGUAAACCCCAUCUUCGGCGUGGCCGGUUCCCUGAUCCGGGUGGUGCUGCACCACGUUGACGACGAGGACAUCCGCACCCUGAAGCGCGAGUUCGGCUCGGUCAACCGGGCACUGGACCAGCUGUCCCAGAUGAAUCGCAACACGCUGGUGCAGAUCAAGAAAGAAACGCUGGAUGGCCAGUACUGCCGCGUGGAGGAGAACCUGAAGAACCAGUUCAGAAAGUUCAUGGAUAUGGUGGAGGCACGGCCAGAGCACCGCGAGCGCAAGAAGGAGGACUUCGAGGAGAGCUAUGCCAAUGACUUGGGAGACCAGAACCUGCACACGCUCUAUGACGGCGUGGUGGGAACACCAAAGCUCUUCAGCAGGCCCAUCCUGGAGGUCUACUUGAAGCACUCGCAAGGCGACCGCCAGACUAUGGAGCGACUCUGCACGCGCCUCACCUACCUUUUCUGCAUCGGCCUCAUCGCCCUCAUGGGCUACGCCGCCGUCAUCGGAGACGACGAGGAGAGUCUGAGCGAGGAGUGGGCCGAGAAGAUGGAGCACGUGCAGGAGAAGAUGCAGGAUGCUCUUCGUAGAUGCAAAUGAAGUUUUCUUUCUCCGCUACUGCUUUUUUUCUUCAGAUUCAGGACUCAGAUGUCCACAUUCCCUCUGUAACCCCUUCCUCUCCUCUCCCUGUAAGCACUUUGUAAGCAUCUACAGUAUGUUCACUGCUUGAACGCCGAGUGAUAAUGAGCAACAACAUGUCUCGUUCUUUUCAAAAACCACUAACUCGCCGCAUGUGCAAGCGGCCUGUGAGCCGCAGGCCUGUAAAUUCUGUCCAAGUCGAGGUAAAGACAACUUAAUUAUUACACAAUAUUUCUCUUGUUAGGUGAUUUCAAUUGAUACAGAUAUAAAAACACUAACUGAAAUGUUGGAUCACUACAAUUAGUCAAUGUAACAUGAAUGUACCCAGCUUCAGUGUGAUAUACUGCAAUGCAUUAUGCACCGAUGGAAAAUAUCCAACAUUUAUUGUAGUUAUUUAAAACGUAUUACACUACAAGUAAAUCAUUUUGUCAGUGUGCAAAAACCUCAACGCCUGAGGAAACUGUGUCCGGUUUAAAGGCCACUUCUGAAUUCCUUUAAAUUUUAAAAACACAAGACAAACCAAAUCAAGACACAUGAGACAUCCCAAAGUUUUCAGAACUACGAAUGUAACUCCACAGAUAUCAUCAUAUAAUCACCAAUAUAUACUAAACAUGAUUACACCGCCAGGUGCAAACAACACACGUGCCACACGUAUUGUAUGUUUCUUACGCAUGACACACUACACGUACACACACCUGCUGCUGUCGAGCACCAAAAUCUAAAGUUUUACACCAACGUCCGACGCUGCUGUACCGAGUUCUUCAUUGUUCUUUUUUGUAUUUGCGGUCAGAAAAUUGCAGACAGUACGCACUAAACCUGAUUUAUCGUAGCACGAGCCUGACACUACUAUCUGGAAAAACACUUAAAAGGAUACACUAAAUAUAAUUUGCCAUUCACAUUGAACAAUCAUAUUAAGUUCUGAUGUCACUGGAUGAAUCCUUCCACUCGUGUCACUCUUAUUUUUCUAUUACAUGUUCACUAAAUGCAGGAGGUGCACCAAGUGUUGUUGUAAUAAUUAGUUAUCAAUGGUUUCUUUGGAGCCUCUAAAACAUUCAUGUGUAUGAUUUAUAAUAUUUUCAGAGGGUUUUGUUUGUUUUCUUUCACAGCAUCAAGAUAAAAGUUUGUCAUGCUCUUCUCAUGCACUUCCUCAUCUGACCAACAGUGCCUAGAUGUGCCAUUAGUUUUGUACUUUUGUUUUCCUCUAAGGGUGUUUUGUCUCAAUCAUUUAAAUGUAUAUUGCAUUAUGUUUCAAAAGGUCUCUGCGCUGCAGUUAAAAUAAUGUUUUAUAAAUGUGUAGCUUCAUUUUUUGGGGGGGGGGUGGGCUUUAGAUCGCUGCAUCAGGACAUUCACAGUCAGCAAAGUUAGAAAUGUAGAUCACGAAACAGUAUCUGAUUUUUUUUAUUUUUUAUUAUUGAAUUAUUCUUAUCUUUUCAAUACAUAACUCUGCCCUAUAAACUGGUUUAUUGUUCUGUGCAAUCGAUCAUAUAUCUUAUUGUUACAACAUUCAGUAUACGCUACAAAUAUAUAAAGAGAGAGUCAAAAUGCUGUUGAUACGGAGGAAUAUUAUGUGAACCUCUUAAAGGCUUUUUUGAAAUGUCAUGUGAAUAUGUUUCCUUUUUUGUUAUGAGUCUUUGAUGCCUGGUUGUAUAUGUACCACUAUAAAUAAACAUGAGUGAAUAGCA